AUGAGUGGUAAAUUCGUUCGUGCUUCUAAAUAUAGACAUGUUUUUGGCCAGGCAGCUAAAAAGGAAUUGCAGUAUGAAAAACUCAAGGUCACCAAUAACGCAUGGGACUCUAAUUUGCUAAAAACUAAUGGUAAAUUCAUUGCUGUAAACUGGAACGCUUCGGGAGGUGGUGCGUUUGCUGUGAUUCCGAUUGAGGAAGUUGGCAAGGCUCCAGAUCAAGUACCUUUGUUUAGGGGCCACACUGCGCAAGUCCUGGAUACUGAUUUUGACCCGUUUGAUGAUCAUAGAAUUGCUUCCGGUUCCGAUGAUUCCAAGAUAGGCAUUUGGAACAUUCCUGAAAAUUAUAAAUUUCAUGACCAUGCAGAUGAAGAUGGAGAGCCAAUUGAUAUCAAACCUGUAAAAUUUUUAACAGGCCACGCAAGAAAAGUUGGGCAUAUUCUUUAUCACCCUGUCGCCAAGAAUGUAUUGGCAUCAUCUUCUGGUGACAACACUGUGAAAUUAUGGGAUGUGGAAACUGGAAAGGACAUGAUUACUCUGAAACAUCCAAAUAUGGUCACAUCCAUGUCGUUUUCGUACGAUGGUAAUCACUUAGCCACGGUGGCCCGAGAUAAGAAAUUGAGAGUCUGGAAUAUAAGAGAUGGAAGAAUCGUCAGUGAAGGGCCUGCGCAUACCGGUGCAAAAAAUCAGAGGGUGGUAUGGUUAGGAAACUCUGACAGGUUGGCUACCACUGGUUUUUCAAAAUUGAGUGAUCGUCAAAUUGGUAUUUGGGAUGCCUUCAAUCUUGAAAAGGGAGACUUGGGCGGUUUCUACACUGUUGAUCAAUCAUCAGGUAUUUUGAUGCCCUUUUAUGACGAAGGUAAUAGAAUUCUUUACUUAGUAGGUAAAGGUGACGGUAAUAUUAGAUAUUACGAAUUUCAAAACGAUGAGCUGUUCGAACUAUCUGAAUUUCAAUCCACGGAAGCACAGAGAGGCUUUGCUGUAGCGCCUAAGCGAACGGUAAAUGUCAAAGAAAACGAAGUUCUGAAAGGUUUCAAGACCGUCGUUGAUCAGCGCGUUGAGCCAGUUUCAUUCUUUGUUCCAAGAAGAGCAGAAGAGUUCCAAGAAGAUAUCUAUCCAGAUGCACCUUCUGAUAAGCCAGCUUUGACUGCUGAAGAGUGGUUUUCUGGUAAAUCGGUUGAAGGUCCGAUCCUUAUUAAUAUGAGAUCCAUCUAUGACGGUUCCGCUCCAAGCUUUCGUGAAGCUAAAACAUCUGAAGGGGUUCCAACUCAAGCAGAAGUUCCUAAAGAUGAAGAAGGGCCUGUCGAGAAUGUGGAGGGGCCAACUAUCGAGCCUAAAAGGGUAGUAAAACAAGAAGCUUCAAAGUCGCCUUCACCACUGAAUUCUGCAUCCCCACCUUCUGCAAUCAACCAUGUAUUGAAGGAAGAUAGUUCCAUCAAAAAACUGCUGAAAAAAUCCUCGGAUAUUGAUCAAGUCAAUCACGUUGAGGAUCCAUCCAGAGAUACUUCUGGAUGGGAAGAAGCAGAUGAUGAACUGGUUCAUAUUGAAAACGGACCUGCCGUUACUUUAAUUGAAACUAGGAAGGAGAAGUCAGUCAAGGUUGAUCCUCCAAAGGAGUUAAAACCGGAACCAGUAUCUAUAGCAACGGAUAGAAAGCAAGGAGAAAAGUUGCAGGAAGACAAGUACUCGGGGAAAGUAGAAUCCCCUGCGGUAGAAAAAUCUUUAGUUCCUUCUACAACAAUUGCCACUGCUAGUAACAAAGAAGACGCUUCAGCAGCUAAGACGUCACCUAAAUCAUUAGGUCUGAAACAAUCUGUUGAAAAACUGUCCACAUUGGUUCUGCAACUAGAAGAUGUGGUUGAUAAACUGACGAAGGCCAAUCUUGAUAAGGACGAACGUCUGUUCAGACUGGAGCAGAAAAUUAGUGAGUUUUCAAAAUAG